AUGACAUCCUCCCUGUUAUUUUCGGCUGUUACUAUUGGGUUUGGGGUCGGUACCAUCCUGCUUGAACGAAUCAUCAAGUUCCUAGGUCGAUUUUACCUAUCUUUGGAUCACAAGACUUAUCUCCCUGCCGUUCCGUUUUUUCAUCCCCUGUUCACGACCAAUGUUUCGGCAGCUUUCCCUUGCGGCGUUGGAUAUUCCCCCGCAAAAGCACGAUUUUCCUUGCUUGUCCUUGGAGGUCUCCUUCAUCCUCUGUUCUUUAUUAUAAUGGGCACUGCUCGUAAUUAUCCAUCGUUACUUUUGGCAUAUGGUAUGUCUGCGUUAGCCCGCUCUUUCUGGACUGCGUCGCGCUGUGAUAUUUUUCAGUCAUUAAUAAGUUGCAGCAAUUUUUACGUCGUGUCCACACCCAAGAAGCCCCUUGGGGUUUUGCUAGGAUGUUGGUGCUUCGGGUCAUUUUUAGCCCCUCUGGUGUGCCAAACGCUUAUGGCAAAGGGGAUUCCCUGGAGACAUUUUUAUCUUGGCUCCUUGGUUGUUUCUGCAAUGGCUUUGAGCUCAAUCAUCUUUGCUUUUCGUCCGACGCGCAACGAAGAUUUCUCUGCCCGCCAUAUCGAUGUCACGUUCGCACCUAAUAGUAUGGUCACUGUCGUUGCAACUCUCCUCCUGGCUUUGUCGAUGCCGUAUCAGUGGGCCUUUUCAUUAUUCGCUUUUAUUUACAGCGGCAGUGAGACCACUUUUCAAGGAUUUAUCGUUACCUAUCUCCUUGCCAAGCGGCAUUCUAAUCCGGACACUGUCGGGUAUGUCAGCAGCGGCUUUUGGGGAGGCAUGGCAGCAGGCAGAAUUUUGUGGGGCUAUUAUUGCGUUGCGCUCUCCAUGACCAUCCUGAUUUGGCUUCUGUCAUCCGCCGUGAUGGGUUUGAUGUAUGGACCUAUGUUCCCCGGGACGCUGGGCCUUUGUAAUGAUGUCCUGCCGAGAGACGUACACAUGGUUUCAAUGGCUAUCCUUAAUGCCGUUGCUAGCGCAGGCAGUGCCCUACUCCCCCUUUUGACUGGUUUACUUUCGAACAUAGACGGCAUGAGAGUCUUCUGCUAUGUGACGGUCUCGCAAACUGCAGCUAUGUGCCUCCUUUGGCUCUUCUUCCCCUCGUCUCCACCUGUGCGCGUUUCAAGUCCCGCUUGA